AUGUCUGUGACAACCUCAACCACCUCCUCCGCAUCAGCUACUUCCAGCUGCCAUGCCAAGCUGUACGACAUCCCGACCCACGAUGCCGCAUGCGCAAUGCCCAUGGCGAACAACAACUCUGCCAUCAUGAGCAGCUGCUGUUCCGACGCCUCUGUCGUUGAAUAUGACGGCUGCGACUACUACUGUCUGGCGCAGGGACAGAGUGUUGGCACCCUUGCUGAGUGCCUGAUCAAGGCAUCUGAGGCUGGCGAGGUGUGGUGCAAUACCAACGCCAAUGGCACCGCCACUGCGACAGCCACGGCUACCGGCACUGGCGUCGUGACUCUCAGUGCCACAGCCACUGACGCGGAUUCUACCAGCUCGAGUACUUCGAGUGGAUCAAGCGCAACUUCGACUGCUAAUGCGGCUGCUGGUGUCUUUUCACCUCAGCCACUGUCGAAGUCUGCUAUUGGCAUGGUUGGCAUUCUUUUGGCUGGGUCUGUGGCAAGUCUUUUCCAUUGA